GAGAGAAGUAUAUGGUAUUCUGAAAUCUGAAGGCAUUUUACUUCCUCGCUAUGCAGUUUUGAAUCGUGAUCCAAACAAUCCCCAAGAAUGCAACUUGAUUGAAGGGGAAGAUCAUGUGGAAGUGAAUGGAGAAGUUUUCCAAAAGCCUUUUGUAGAAAAGCCAGUUAGUGCAGAGGACCACAAUGUUUACAUUUAUUAUCCAACAUCUGCUGGGGGUGGAAGCCAAAGGCUCUUCCUCUUCCGAAAGAUUGGCAGCAGAAGCAGUGUUUAUUCACCUGAAAGCAGUGUGAGAAAGACUGGCUCCUAUAUUUAUGAGGAAUUCAUGCCUACAGAUGGCACUGAUGUGAAGGUGUACACAGUAGGUCCAGACUACGCUCAUGCUGAAGCUCGGAAGUCUCCAGCUCUGGAUGGUAAGGUAGAACGAGAUAGUGAAGGAAAAGAAGUGAGGUAUCCAGUCAUCCUGAAUGCAAGAGAGAAGUUAAUUGCUUGGAAAGUAUGCCUUGCCUUUAAACAAACAGUUUGUGGCUUUGAUUUGCUGCGUGCUAAUGGACAGUCCUAUGUCUGUGAUGUGAAUGGCUUCAGUUUUGUGAAAAACUCCAUGAAAUACUAUGAUGAUUGUGCUAAGAUCCUGGGAAAUAUCAUAAUGAGAGAACUUGCUCCCCAGUUUCAGAUACCAUGGUCGAUUCCUUUGGAAGCUGAAGACAUCCCUAUUGUGCCAACUACUUCUGGAACAAUGAUGGAGCUUAGAUGUGUUAUAGCUGUAAUACGCCAUGGGGACCGAACACCAAAACAAAAAAUGAAAAUGGAAGUAAAACAUCAGAAAUUCUUUGAUCUCUUUGAAAAAUGUGAAGGAUAUAAAUCUGGAAAACUGAAACUAAAAAAACCAAAACAGUUGCAGGAAGUGCUUGAUAUAGCAAGGCAACUCCUUGUAGAGCUUGGGCAAAACAAUGAUUCUGAAAUUGAAGAAAGUAAAGCAAAACUUGAACAGCUAAAGACUGUGUUAGAAAUGUAUGGGCGGUUUUCAGGCAUAAAUCGCAAAGUGCAGUUAACAUAUCUUCCUCAUGGCUGCCCAAAGACUUCCAGUGAAGAGGAAGAUAAUAGAAGAAAUGAGCCAUCCCUGCUUCUGGUUCUAAAAUGGGGAGGAGAAUUGACCCCUGCAGGCAGGGUUCAAGCAGAGGAGCUUGGAAGAGCUUUCAGGUGUAUGUAUCCAGGUGGACAAGGAGAUUAUGCUGGAUUUCCUGGAUGUGGUUUACUUAGAUUACAUAGCACUUACCGACACGAUCUCAAAAUCUACGCUUCCGAUGAGGGACGAGUUCAGAUGACUGCAGCAGCUUUUGCAAAGGGACUACUGGCCUUAGAGGGAGAGCUGACUCCUAUUCUUGUCCAGAUGGUAAAAAGUGCUAAUAUGAAUGGUCUGCUGGACAGUGACAGCGAUUCCUUAAGCAGCUGUCAGCAUCGUGUAAAAGCGAGACUCCAUGAAAUUCUACAGAGAGACAGAGAAUUUACUGCUGAUGACUAUGAUAAGCUUACUCCAUCUGGAAGCGUCUCCUUGAUAAAGUCAAUGCAGGUUAUUAAAAAUCCUGUAAAGACAUGUGACAAGGUCUAUUCCUUGAUCCAGAGCUUGACUUCUCAGAUCAGGCAAAGAAUGGAAGAUCCAAAGUCUGCAGAUAUUCAGCUGUACCACAGUGAAACACUAGAACUGAUGCUGCGCAGGUGGGCCAAGCUGGAGAAGGACUUCAAGACAAAAAAUGGAAGAUAUGAUAUCAGCAAAAUUCCUGAUAUUUAUGACUGUAUAAAAUAUGACGUGCAACACAAUGGGUCCUUAAAAUUAGAUAAUACAAUGGAAUUAUACAGACUUUCCAAGGCUUUAGCUGACAUUGUGAUCCCUCAGGAAUAUGGUAUUUCUAAGGCUGAGAAACUAGAGAUUGCCAAAGGUUACUGCACUCCUCUAGUUAGAAAAAUCCGUUCUGACCUUCAGAGAACUCAAGAUGAUGAUACUGUAAAUAAGCUUCAUCCUCUUUACUCCAGGGGCGUGAUGUCCCCUGAACGCCACGUUCGUACGCGGCUGUAUUUCACCAGUGAGAGUCAUGUCCACUCCCUGCUAUCCACCCUUCGUUACGGUGCCUUAUGUGAUGAAUCAAAAGAUGAACAAUGGAAACGAGCAAUGGAUUAUUUAAAUGUUGUCAAUGAACUCAAUUACAUGACACAGAUUGUCAUCAUGCUUUAUGAGGAUCCAAACAAGGAACUUUCUUCAGAAGAGCGUUUUCAUGUGGAGCUGCACUUUAGCCCAGGAGCCAAAGGCUGUGAGGAAGAUAAAAAUUUACCAGCUGGAUAUGGAUACAGACCUGCCUCCAGAGAGAAUGAAGGCUCGACUAAAACCUCUCACAGAAACGAUAGUGAUGAGGAGGCACACACUCCUAAAAGAGAUGAAACGGAUCGGUCAGUAGUGAUGUUCAAGCCAAUGGUAUCAGACCCAAUUCACAUACACAGAAAGUCACCCCUUCCAAGAUCCAGGAAGAUUGGUUCUGUUGAAGAAGAGAGCCCCCUGAGUGUGUCUAGCCCAGAGUGUAUUGGUACUUGGCUGCAUUACACCAGUGGUGUGGGUACUGGGCGUCGAAGACGCAGAUCAGGGGAACAAAUCACUUCUUCCCCUGUCUCCCCUAAAUCAUUGGCUUUCACAUCCAGUAUUUUUGGCUCAUGGCAACAGGUCCUAUCAGAAAGCAAUACUAACUUACGAACACCGAGAACUAUUCUGGAACAAAAGCAGAGUAGUCUAGGGUCUCACUGUGCGGGCCUGUUUAGCACCUCGGUACUCGGGGGUUCUUCAAGUGCACCUAACCUACAGGAUUAUGCUCGUACUCAUCGUAAAAAGCUGACUUCUUCUGGCUUCAUAGAUGACACCACACGCGGUUCUGCUGUUAAAAGGUUUUCUAUCUCAUUUGCUCGACACCCAACCAAUGGUUUUGAACUAUAUUCCAUGGUGCCUUCUAUUUGUCCUUUGGAAACUCUACACAACUCCUUGUCUCUGAAGCAGGUGGAUGAAUUUCUUGCCUCUGUUGCUGCCCCACCAAGGGAAAAUCUACAGGAGACAUCUUCUCCAACUUACACGAUUCCACUGUCAGGAAGAAAAAUUUCUUUAAAUACAUAUACCCCAGCAAAAAUCCAACCAACACCACUUGAAACUUUUCCUGAAAGGCUAGCAAUAGAGAAACCAACUUUAUCUAACCCUGGAUCUGCUGCUUCUUCAUCUAAUGUUAAGCUCUCUCUCCAAGAGACCUCACUAAAUGUAGAACUUAGUGGUGAGACUCUUUCUGAGAAGAAAUGA